GAUGUUAUGACUGUACCUGCUCCGACUCCUACAGGCCAACAGAACUUUGAAUGGAAUGUGGCAAAUAAUUAUUGUUUUGAUAAUAAAGGACGGCCGACCUCAUAUGCGAGCUCAUUGAAUGUUACAAAAAUAAAAAGUGUGUCAUGGACGGGACUUUGUCGUAGUUUCAUUAUCUAUUAUUACUCAGAACCUCCCAAGAAAGAAGUUUAUUUAGAAUUUGGGUAUUUAAAGAGAUCUGUCACUUCUGAUAAAUUCCAACUCCAUUUUACGGAUAAUAAAGGCGACAAAAAGAGGACUCUUUGCUCAACAGAAACAGGAAAUCUUGUCAGUAGCAGCCAACCAACAAAGAAAGAACAGGCAGACAUUGGAAGUGAUAAAACAGACGUAACUGCUGCUGUUGGCGCAUCUGUUGCUGCAGUCUUUGUUAUUGCUUUAGUGGUUGUUUUUGUGAUACUACGAAAACGAAAGAAAACUCCAGAAUUUUGCAAGGCUACCACUUCCUCAAAGGAUUCAAAUAACCACAAUGGAAAUACUGAAUCAUUCGAUCAUUUAGACGAAAAAACAAAUGAGUAUCAUUCGUAUGACCAAAUUGGUGGUUCCUUCUACCAGGAGAACGCAGAUUCAAAUGCUGAAGCUUCGUCAAGUGACAAUUAUCAUGCCCACAGAUAUUUUGUACUUGGGAAAGAUGGAAAGGAAACUGACAAUGCUAAUGAAACAUAUGAUUUAGCUGGGGCUGGAAAACACACACAUGUUGAGGAAAGGAUUGAUUAUAAUCAUGUCAAAAUAGACAACAAUGAAACGUAUGACCAUGCAUAUAAUCAAAAUAAGGAAAAAAAUGAAACACAUAAUGAGACAUAUGACACAACGGAGAAGGCAGCUAUGAAACCGAAGAUCAGAGCUGCUAACGAUUUGGAUGCAUUUGGUGGCACAGACGAAAAUGCUUACAAUCAUAUAAACGUUAAACUAUUGAAUAAUAGCGCAACCGAUCAGGUGUAUAAUGUGCCGUGCCAGCCGGAAACAGAAAGUUCAGAUGUUGGCAAUAGUCCUCAGAAGGAAUGUCAGGAUGGAGACACAUAUAGCCAUAUAAGAAAUAAGCCUCCGAAGGGUAACAAAGCGGAUAAUCUUUAUGGUGUACCUAAAUGCGUCACAAGAGAUUGACCUUUUUCCCAAAGCUGAGAAUCUAGUAUUUUGCAUUGUAUGUUUACAUACAUGUCUGACCUGUACACAUUAUUCUGUGUACCAAAUCACGUACUCAGACGUAACUAUAUAAUUCGUAAGAUUAUGUCGGGAAGAAGAACGUACCAUUUUCUCUGGAAGUUUUGCCAAACAAAAAGUUACUUAUAUCAACACAGUCGACUAAUCGAUCAAAAUGCCCAAAAUGGUUCGAAAUCGGAAUACUGUGACUGUGUUUAAGGUGCUCUGUACCACCUGGAAAUCUACCCUUACAUUUUAUCUUUUAUGAAAUCAUUCAUACACUACUGACUCAUUUAUUUAGCAUAACUAUACCAUUUAAAAAAUAAUUCCUACCAUGUUUUAUGAGUCUAUGAUAUAAAACAGGAUAGUUUCUUUCAUUAUUUUUUUCAGAAUUAAGGAAAGUUCAAUUAAACAUCUAAAUAUAAGUUAAUUCCGCCACUUUGGUACAUGUUGCUUAAGACCAAACUAGCUGUCAUUUAAUCAUAUAUUAUGGAAAUAUUCAU